GUUGUGUAGAGUGCAGAGGCGGUCGCUGUGCCUCUCUACACAGCCCCACUAUUUUUAACCAUAGGUUUCUCCAUUGAUUCUAGUGUCAAAAUGAGAGCAGGAGCACCUGGGCAAGAAGUGGAAGGUAUGGACGGGAAGGAAGAAAAUGAGGUCAAACCGGUUUCUGCAAUGAGAAAAAUGUUAAAAAAAAAACUUGAGAGAAUAAAAAUGCAGCGAUGCUUACGUCAGUAUAUGGCACCGGCAUCUCCAGGAUUUGACAUGGCUGCAGUAUAUGAACUGAAACUGCAAAAACUGAAGACAAACAAUCAGGCACUUGCCAAAGCCCUUUCUGAGCAAAAAAAGGAGACGCAACACUGGUAUGCAGAAUUAAUAUCACUAAAAGGGGACUUACAGGAGUGUCAGGAGCAACUGCUCAGAGCCACUGAUAAAGACUUUGAGAAGGCAGUCGAGUUCCAGGUGGAGAAAAGGCUUAGGGAACACUGUGAAUCCAUAAAUUCAGCUAUCACUACUACUAUGGAAAAUGUAGUAAUGGUAGUGGAGGGUCUAACCAAAGCCAAGAAAUUAGCUGGAGGAGUCUUAAACAGCUGCCGGAAUCGUUCCUCAGCCAAUUCUUCCAAUUCACUUCCUCGCCCUUCAGGUUCAAGAUUGCCUCUGGGUCCCAGUAGUAAUAAUGUAUCGCCACGGCAGAGUGUAGUUCUUCCAAUGGUCAGUGGCCAUGUACUUCAGCCAGCAAUGGUUGCCAUUCCCAAGUUAAAUAUUAUGUGGAGUAAAAAGAUCCAAGAACGCACCCAAGCUCGUGAAGAACGUGUUGUGGACAUGACUGUGAUUGGAGAGCAAUCAUCAAAUAUUGAAGAAGAAGAAGAAGAAGAAAAUCUGUUUGAAAAUGAGGAAGAUACAUUGGGAAAUGCCAUGGAGGGUGGUGAGUCUUCAUUCAGAGCAAAAGUGAAUGAAGAUUCUGAUUGCUUGAUAGAUCUUACUAAUGAAGAAAAAGAAAGCAGUUCACCUAUUACAUCACAAAGAACGAGGUGUAGGAAAAGAGCCUCUGUCCCUGAAGCAGAUGUAUCAGAAUCACAAGGCAAAACCUCAGAGAGUCCCAGGAAAACUGGUACAGGGAGGAGAGGCAAGAUAAGUAGAGGAACAAGGGGAGCAGUGUGUAGAAUGACCAGACAAAUGCCUACAGCCAGCAGGUUGGACUCGCCCAAGGAGAAUUUUGUGGAAAAUGAAGAAAAAAAAAUUGCAGUGAAAUCGGUAGCAGUGUGUGAUGAGGACCCUCUGGAGGGUUCCAGCUGGUGGUACACUGACCUUACAGCAAACCGCUCUACUGGCAGCUCAAGAGGACGGAGUAGAGGUGGCCGAAGAGGGAGAAUAAAGACUGGUACUGGCUCUUCCUCAUGGCAGUCCAGUCGUGGUGAGCUGGAGUCUUCGACUGAUAGUGAAAAUGAUAAUCUAACAGAAAGUUCAAAGAGCAGUAAAGGUGCUUCUUGUGAAGAUCCAUUUCCUACAGUGACACCAGUGAUAGAAGCUUCAGCUAAUACUUUAGACCAUAGUUAUUUAGCUUCUCCAGCUACCAUGCUGUGUAGGCUGGAGAAAUUAGAGGCUAGAGCUGGCCGUCGAUCAAAAGCACGAUCUCGAGGGUGUUCGCAGAGUGUAGACAGGGCGAAACUAAAUGAAACCAUCCCUGAGAAGCAGAAAAGAACUUUAUUGCCAAGUCAAGAAGUGCAAAGGAACACAGAUGAGAAAAAUGAUGUUGCAAAAAAUGAUUUGUCUUUGAAUCUCCAUUUAGAAGAAAUAGUUGAAAGUGAUCAAGAGCCUGGCAAUAUAUCUCACCACCAAAACACCCUCUCCAUGCCCCCACCACCAAGUCUUCCAUUUCCCAGCCAGCAGGUAGAUUGGAUGAAUGAUAAUAACUUAACAUGUUUGCAUAAUGUGAGCAUGGAUAUCACUGAGCCUAUUUCAAAAAUCCUUGCUCGUGUUGCGGCUGAUGCCUCCAAGGAAGAGCAGAAUGGCAAGGAGGCACAGAUGGAGAAGAGAUUCUUUAAGGCUCAGUCAAGAGAACAAUCUGAAGUCGAGGCAGAAGUAGCAGAAAAAACUCCAUUUGAUGUGUCACUAAUGGAUGCAACUCAUGUCAAUAUUCCUCCAUAUUCUUCACAGAGGACUAUUGAAAAGGAAAAUUUGCCGCCACAGUUUGAAAAUCACAGUCAUACAAAAGAAACUCCUGAAAUAUUUGUGAGUUUACGAAAAGUAUCUAUUGUUCUUGAGGAUGUAUUGAAGAGUCCCAGAGAAGCUGCAGAGAAGUACACACCAACAGUUAGCUUUUCUGAAACAUCAUCAUGCUCUGGAAACUCUGAAAGUGUAUCUAAUGGAAAGAUGAGAAAGAAUCAUCAAAAGUCUACUUCAGAAAGCUCAGUGAAAAAAGCACCUGUAAGAAGAAAGAUGUUAAGGUAUUCCUUAAAAGAUAAGUGCAGAGAGGAAGACAGUGAAGAUAAGGAGGAAGACGAGUUGUGGAGGCCUGGCAUCAAAAAAUACAAAACCUAUAAACAAAGGAGGACAUUCUCGAGAAAGGCACAGACAAAAAAAUCUCUUGCCGGUAGAAAAAGAUCGCCUGUAAUUGAUAGUGAAACUUUUAAAAAAUCACUUGGUAAAAGAAUGAAUGAGAAUGAUUCUGAAUCUACAAGAACAACACCAGAUAUUAGCCUUGACGAAGAUGAAAUAAGUGAAGACCUCAUUAAUAAAGAAAAUCAAGAUAACAGAGGAGCAGGAAGUGUGAUAUUGAGUAAAACCACAGAAUCCCAGUGUAUAACUCCAAACACUUCUUUGACUUCCUGCUAUGUUAAAGUUCAUCGGACGAGUAUUAAAAAUAUCAAAGAACCCAUUGAUAGCCCAGAUGUGUCUCUGCAGCUGAAACUUGAUGAUAGUCAAUUUCCGUUAUCACCAAUAACGCCCUUCAAGUCCAAAAAAAGCAGAGAGAAAAUAACAAACAUUGAAAAUGGGAUAAGGAAGGCCCUGGAUCAGUCACCUAUAUCAGAUGGUUGCCAGAAUGCAAAUACCAAAGUUCAAGAUAGGGAACAGCAAGUAGAAAGUGGUAGCGAUACUCAGGAAGAACAUUUGGCUGGUGAAAAAAAUCGAUAUUCACCAAAGGGCAUGAAAUGCAUUACAAAAGGAAAAAGAGAUGGGCAACAGUUAGAUAAGCAAGAAAACAUGAUGAAAGAGAGAGAUAACAUUCAUGAAUUGGGUCAGCAUGGUGAAGGAGAGCAAAGGUUGGAGGAUCUCUUUGUACAACAGAUAGAACAUCAGAGACAACAAGACAAAACACAGGAGGAGGGUCAGAGUAGAGCAUUGUCUACAGUGGUGGCUGCAGUGAAGAGUUGUGAAGAUCAAAACAAAGAAACACUUGAGCCAACUGUAGAAAAAUAUGAGGAACCUGAAAUUUUAUUUUUAGAAUCUCCCCAGCCUAGAAAAAGAAGAGCAGCAGUAAAAGUUACAUCCUUCAAAGAGCCGAGUAUCAAUCGAAAAAUGCGACGGGGGGCUGGCAGCACAGUUAUCAUUUCUAGCACAAGUUCUUCAAAAAAAUCAGUACGCAAAUCUACUACAAACUAAGUCGAGUUAAGGUUGAUAAUUUAUUGUUUAAACUCUUCCACAUAUACUCUUUAAAUGACUAGGAAUAGACUAAUUUGCCCUUAGAAAUAUUUUAAUAUGUAGUCACAUAGUAAAAAUAUAAGCAUUAUUAUAAAUUAUCGUACUAGCCUUGCCCUGUAUCAAAACUGAUCAGAUAUUCUUAACAGAUGGUUCCAUUGUGUCGCCCACUACUUGUAAUAUUUCUUUCAGUAGAUUAACUCUUACUCCUUGCUAUGUUUUUCUUCCUAUAGAUUAUCACCUACUCUGCUGUAUUUAUUCCAGUAGAUUGGCACCCAUUGCUUGCCAUUUGUUCUGGUAAAUUAUUGUCCAUUACUCAUUGUAUUGCUCCAGUAGAUUAUCACCCACUCCCUCUUGUAUUUAUUUUAGUAAAUUGUCUCCAACUCUGGUUGCAUUUAAAGCUUGAUGGAUGUAGUAAGGUUUUUAAUUAAAAUAUUUUGGUUAAUGAAUAUAUGAUACCUGGAUGUUUGCAUCAAAACUGAUGAAAGAGCAAAGUGGUGUGAUUGGCAAGUCUUCCACCAAAUGUUUAAACAUGGUAUGAUUAUGAAUGCUCUCGAGUAAAGUUUAGAUAGUUUGAAAUGUGAGAAUCUUCAUUCAUAUACACUUGUAUGAUUUUUAACACACAAGUGAAUAAAAUGCUUGCAAUUCACUUUUUUUUU